GAGAGCUUGUUUCCCCACUGCAGAGCAGAAGCUGCAUCACUAGGGGGUGGGGGGAUGGGGGCAGGGCUGGCAAAGAGGGACCACCAACCAGAGGCCCCUGACUCUUCCCUUGCUCUGCCACAUCUGACCUGACCCCAGUGGACCAAGAGAGAGGCAGCAUCGUCGCUCACAGGUGCCCAUUUUAAAAUGCAAUACUAAAGACUUGUGACUGGGAGGGCUCCAUAAGGUCGGCUCUACAGCUGCGGCUCGAGGGACAGAAGCUGGUAGGUUUGGGUUCACUUCUUUUAGAGGGAAAAGUGUUGGCUUGGAAAAGAGGGGGGGAGGAGGAGGAGGGAAGGAUUUUUAGGAGCCUUAAUCAAAAAGGUAUAGAUUCAUUUAAGAAGAAAAAAAAAUUCCAAACCAAUAUUUUAGGGUAGUAGAGGUUUUAAUGGGUUUGAAAUCCAGUUUGUAGGGAAAUUCUACCACCAGUAGUUUUGGUUACUCUUCCCCCUAGCUAUCACCCUUCCCCUCUGCGGCACACCUUCUCCUGUGGCACCUUCCUCCCUCCCCCUUCCCAUAAGAUGUAAGGCACUAUGGCACUUAGUCCGAAUUGACACAGCCCUGUCUUCCUUCUGCCCCACUGGUGGGUGACCAGUGCCUUCACUGUAAUGCUGCAGAACUGCAACCUUUUUGUACCUUUUUUUUGUGUGUGGGAGGGGGAGAAGGGGGAUAUGGGAAGCAGGGGAGAAACACCCCAAGCCUCACAGGCCUCCCGUAGGUGAUGCUGCCAGCUGUCUGCAUCGGAAGGAGUUGACUAUGACAUUCACAGAGUGAACCCAUUGUUUUGAGAUCAUAACCUCAAGAUGGUUAAAAUCCAUUGAAGACAUUUGCACUUUCAAACAUGACAAGUUUCUUAGCUGCUGAAAUAACUGACCCUUGCCCUCCCCCCACUCCCACCCCUCUGUCCCCAGGUUCCCAGAGCGUUAUUUCAAUGGCAUCCUUUCCUCCAUGACAGUUGAGUCUCCCAUGUUUCAACAUUUCUUUGCUGGGCUAUCUUAGAACAAAAGAUACUUAGGUCUAAAAGAAGAAAAAAAGAGAAAACUAAAUGUUAUUUUUAUACAGUAUCUUGAGUCUGUUGCCAAAACUUGCAGGUGACUCUCAUGUCCUCUGAGUUUACAUCCCAGACACACUGAGCCGUCCGUCUGUCCGUAGAAGGGUCAUGCACCUGGGUCACUGUUCUGCCCAGUAGGCAGGGGUUGGGGUUGGAGCCCUGUUGUUUCUUGGUUCCUUCCCCUACUCUGUGCAUUAUCCACUGUUCCCUUGUGCCCCCUCCCCAGAGGAUCCUUUUGUCUCCUCUAUUCUCAGUUGGAGCUCAGGCUCUCCGACUCCAGCAUGGCCUGCAACACACUUUUUGAUAGCUUCUGCUGCUUGCUUUCACUGCUGUUUACACAAGAUACUUUUAGUUCUGUGUGCAAGGGGCAGAUGGGGAAGUGUAUGCAUGUGUGCAUAUAGUCUUCCCUCUUUCUGCAGUCAGUGAAGGGGUCUGGCUGGGGUAGGGUCAGAGGGCUAUAGUUGAUCUGUCACUUUGGGGAGAACAUGGGCACCAGAUUGUCCAAGGCCUCUUUAGGCUGCUAGGUGCCCAAGGUGUCAGUGGUUAGGCCCCUUCCUCUGGCAUGGGUAAGCAUAGGAACUGCUUAUGUAUUUUUGCCUAUCUGGUGAGGACAAGGAACCUCAGCUCAUUGUGGGAAUUCCUCUGUGCGCUUUAAGGGAUUAGAUACUAGGCAGCCUAGUCUGUCAUCUCUUCUACUGGGUUUUAGUUUGGUUGUUUUGCAACCACUGACCUUGAGGGCCACACCCUUAGAUGAAGCUCUUGUGGAAAGCCUUGGCCCUCAGGCCUAGUAGCUGGUAAAGCAGACACAGGCCUGGAGGCUGGCUUGAAACCAAGUCUCUGUCCAUGUCUGCUCAGGGAAAGGUGGGCAGGUGUUGGAACUGGCUCUUCCCCUUUUCCAGCAGAAGAGUUGCCAGACCAUGAUUUGCUAUGCAAAAUAAUCUACCCCAGUCUCUAUUUUUGUUGACCAUGUUGUUCAAAGAUAUCAGCAAAACUUAGCACAAACAAUAGUUGUGGAAUAGGGCAUUGGGACAGUUUGGUAAUUCCUUCCAUUCCUUCCUUCCCUUCCUUCCUAGCCGGUAGUAUCGUCUACCCUGCCGUCCAUGGGCUGGAUGGCUGGGAAAGCCAGUGGCUCUCCCCCAGCUGUGGGUGGCAGGUGGGAAGGGGCUCUGGGAGGGGGUGAGCUCACCUAGGAGCCUACAUUCCUUACACAAGUGCCUAUAUCGUGAUGUCAACACUCUGCCCGCCUCUGUCCAUCUCCAUAUCCUUGCCUCUAGUUUGUGUCCAUUCAUACCUCUGGGUGGGGCUCCAGUCUUUUGAAGCUCCCCCAGGACCAGUGGCUUUGCAUGUUUUCUCCGCAUGUGUCUUGGGGUUGGGGUUCAGGGCAGUUUUCCUGGGAGGGUACAAUCAUUCACCAGCAUUUAUCCAUGCCCGUAGUGGGUGGCAGCCACCGGGCCCGAUUUGUGUUCCUCCUUUUCUCUCUCUGCCUCCCUCCUGUUGAGUUUUGAGCUGGGGUCUGAAUUGCUUUUUUAGACAUGUUGGCAUUACAUAUGCCAUUUGUAAAAUAAAUAAAUGAAAGUGCGAGGAGCAGCUUGGGCAUUGGUAAAAAAACAAACAAACAAAAAAAACAACAAACAAAAACAGAAUAGCUUUGUUGCUCUUGUGAUUUUUUUUUUUUUAGCCUUUGAGACUUGAAAUAUAAACUUGACCUUAGAAUUUGCACUUGUGUGUGAGGUGCCGUGUGCAGGAUGAGAAGGUGGUCCUGGAAGUGAGCUCUCAGCUCUGUGGGCUUUCUUGUCCAGGUGUUGGGGGCACCCAGAGUGCCCCAGCCAGUCUCUUUAACUGUCUGUUGCUUCCCCCUACCUUUCUCAGUACCCCCAUUCUGCUUCUAUGCCUUUUUGAGAUCAAGCCUCUGCAGAGCCCCAGUGUCAAUAGUUAUGCCUAUUGUGAAGCCAUUGCUUCUUUGCUUCUGAGCACCUGGAAUUCCAUUUUUUCUAUAGGUGUGACUCAUAGUGUAGUGCCCACCUGGCAUCUGGUGCUGCAUGAGUGUCCAUGUGAGCCUCUUGCUAUGUCUCUAUCCCAAGGCCUCAGCUGAUGCAGAAUCAACAGGCAUGCCAAGCUGGGGUGACAACAGGAGGCAUUGCUUCUCCUUAGGCCCAUCCCCAACCACCACAAGGUGCUAUUCCUGCUGUAAUACUGAGCACCCUGUAUGCUUCUGGUCCUGGUUACCCCAGUAGCUGCCUCUCUUUCUGGGCCACAUCUCUGAGUAGCCUCUUCUAAGGAGGCCUGGAAUUCAAUGCCUUAGGUGGCCAAAUAUUUUAGACUGGGUGGGCAAGGGGAGCAAAGAGAACAAAUUCUUGCCUUUUGUUCCUUCAUGGGUGCAUGGGAUCAGACUGGAUGAAAGAUCCAUCCCUUCUACUGUUUUGACUAGAGUGUUGAGGUGUCAAGCCAGUGGCUAAACAGAGAAAGGGGGAGGGAUUACUCCUGAACACUGCAAAGGCUGCCCAGGUUGGAUUGAGUUGAUUCUUGUUUGACCUGCCAGUUGGGCAUUCCCUUCUACCUAGGAUCAAUGCCACAGGACCCUUGGGGUCCAGAGAAGCAAUGUUGGUGGUGGGGAUGAGACCCCCAGGCAGGAUGGGCAACUUGGGAAAUACUUUUUCUCUUUGCCUGGGCCAAUAGUUAUGUGCAAAGCUGUUGGAGGCUUUUUCUGGAGCUGGGACCUGGCAGGGAGGGCCAUUUGGCAAUAGGAUGUGGGGAGAGCUACCUCUGUGUAGCAAAAAAGGGGGCUUUGGAAAUAGCAUCCCAGGGUAGUUGUGUUUUAUUUAUUAAUCUGGUAUCAGUGCCAGGAUAAGUACUGGGUUACCCUCUUCUCCCAAAAGCUUGGACAUCAAGUGGAUGUGCCAAGUCCGUGGAGGCCACCCAAGGCAUUCUGUAGCCUCUCGGCUCUGUCUGGCCCUCUGCAGCUGGGGAGGUGCUCUUAUCUUUUAAUCUCUUCAAUUUUUAAGGACUCGCCUUCUCCCUGGGCUGAUGCAGGACCCAAAAUGGUAUUCUACAGCCAUUCCAUUCUCUUCAGACUCUGAGCUUCAGGCUGCUGCAGAGGGAGAGGGAGGUUGGGGACACCUUACUGGAGCAGCCAAGGCUCCAGUGGAGAAGCACUAAGAAGGGCAGGGGCAUCUCCCUUUUGAAAAUGAAUCUUCAAAACUUUGUGCAAAUAAAGAGAAUCUGUUGAGUCUAAUGACAGUCCAAUGGCUGAACAGCAAUAAGAAAACGCUGGAGGACAUUAUUUUGUGUACGUGGUAUUGUUGCACUUAGCGGAGGUAUGGUGGACAGAGGGUUCAGAGCACUCCUGGGGUUUAGUUUCAGUUCAGUUUCUAAACUUUCACACCUCCCUGAGCCCAGUGAGGGUGGAGCUGUCCUUGGGGCCCCACACCCAGAGUCCUUGUUUGCUUUUGGUUUUCUCUUUGACCUGUGUUAGUGUCCUGCUUCUGACUGUAUGCUGGAUGGUCCAUUUGUGAAACUGCCCAAGCGGUUGUAACGGACAUUUAUUUCUGAAACAAGCAGCCGCAUGAUAUUGUGUUUUAUAAAGAUAACAAUGGCUUAUGUUUUAAAAGUGCAGCAUCAUUUUUCUUCUUUUUUUGUCCGUGGGGGGAGUGGGGUUGGUGGUGAGGGAGGGGCAUAAAUCUGAACAAAGCUGCCAAGAGCAAUUACAUUGAUUUUAGGCCAAAACAAUAAAGAGAAUACUACAAGAGUAGAACGCCAUUGCUUUUUAAGGGGAAAAAAGGAUUAAGAAUUAAACAACCUCCAGAUCAUUGUAGCUACAUGUGGCUUCCUUGCUUAUGACAGGUGACUUCUUGGGCCCUGGUGCUUAUGUCUUUGCUCCCAAGGGUGAGGGGCUGUCUUUCCCCAGGGAGGCUCUGAGGGUCUUUAUUUUGAGGUAGGUCAAGGGUUGGAGAAGCAUUUCAUCGGUUUCUGCCUUUUCUCAAAGAGGAAGACAGCUGCAGCUCUAUACAAACAAAGGAACCCACAAAGGAACCUUUACUUGUCGCCAGAGGCCCUAGGUCUCUGUCCCACUUUAUCUUAUUGAAAUAAUCUCCUGGAGGGCUAGAGGCUGGUAUUUCAUAUUAAUAGCCAAUCCACUGAGGACACUUCAGAAUUCAUUCGAUGGUACUUCUGCCAUAGGAUGAGUAUGAAGGCCUUCCAAAACUUCUAGGGCCCUGGAAGUAGAUCCUGAUUCUGUCAUUAUCUUAGGGCCCUAAUCAGCAGCCUCACUACUGUACUGACUUCUGUCCAGACUAAGGCAACCACAGGCCUUGUCUUCAAUUCAGUAAACAUUUAUUAAGUACUUACUUUGUGCAAAGGUCAGGUGCCAUAAAGGGGGAAUGACAGCUAGAGGUUAUUUCAUAUACUUAGUUUAGUGUCAGAAUACCUGGGUUUAAGAUCUGACUUUGCAGCCUAAGUUCAUUCAUCUGUAAAAGUGGGAAUAGUAGUAUUCCCACUACCUACUUCCCAGGGCUCUGAUGUGAGGAUCAGAUGAGAUCAUGUAUGUGAAAACACUUUGUAACUGUAAGAAGCUACAUAAAAGCAAGCUAUUAUUAGGAUAGAAUAUGUCAUAAGGGUAGCACAAUACUUUAGAAAAAGCCUCGAAGGGCAGAUAUCAUUGAAACUAGGUCUUAAUGGGUAGAAUUUCAACCAUUAGAGAACUUGGGGGGUUCGAGCUGUGUGUGAGAUCAUUCAAGGUAGAAGCACUUCAUAUCUAAGUAAGAGCCUGCUACUCCAAUCAAAGAAGGCAUGGAGACAGACUAUUGUAUAUACAUUGAAUCAGAACAGAGAUACAUCUGUUGGCCUGGCUCACUGGCUGAGCCUAAUAUUCCUGGGGCUCUGCAGAGUGCUUCCCUGGGAUGAGCUAGCCCUAGAUCCCACUUGGAUCCUCAGAGUGGUCUUUUACAAGUGGACAAGGCUAUAUCAUCCUGAGCCACACCUGGGCUCAUCCUCAGCAUUGGAGACUUGCCUGUGCCGAGGAAGGUUUCAAACAAUUUGACACUAGCUUACUGUUGCUGACCUUUUCUCCUAAUACCUGGGAAUUAGAUUGUGUCUUUUCCUAUUUUUUUCCUCAUUCCACCUCCUCCCUUGGGGGCAAGUGUCUAUAUAGCUUGGAAGAGCAUAGGAAUGCCUCUCAGGCCUUCCCUAUAUGUUCUUUCAUUUAGAAUGUCAGAACCACCUCUAAAUAAGGCCAAGGCCUACAUUUCCAAAGUGUUUUCUUAGCCUCUUGCCACCCCUUACAGCCCCCCAUUCCCCCCAGAGAUACUUCAGAGGUAGAAGUAAAAAAAAACAGCUUUCCUUUCUACUUUCUGGGCUUCUUUAUGGAGGGACUAGGGCAGGGCCUGCUGGGGCAGCUGCAGCUUAGUUUGGGAGAGGCUUUGGUCCUAUUGGUGGAGUAGAAAAUGCACUGGAAUCAGAAGACCUGGGUUUCAGAUCCAUCCUUAGCACUUCCUGGGUAGGCAAGGGCUUAACCUUUCUGAGCCUCAGUUUCUUCCCCUGUAAAGUGGAGAUAUUGCUACUUGCACUACCUACCUCCCAGGGCUGUUGUGAGGAAAGCACUCAAAAAUGUGAGUGAUUAUUAUGUGAUAGCACCACUUUCUUUCCUAAGGUAAAACCACUUCCUUAUCAGGUAAGGAUAGACCGCCAGCAUCCUUUAUCAUUUCCUUUCCCCAAAUAAAAUAAAUAAAAAUAGUCCAAUAGUUGAGUAGGUCACAUGGCUACUGUAAAUUGUUCACUAAAUAGUGCUUAACUCUAUAAAGUCUUACUGAACAUCAUUCUCUUCCAGGAAAGCCAGUAUCUGACCCCCUCUGGCUGAGCUGACUGGCCUGGCCCUUGGCACAGUGCAGUGGUCAUCUCAGUGAGAUAGCUGAAGGAGGAUAUGAGGAAUUAGAGCCUCCAGAUUGGGAGGGGAGGGAUCGCAUGCCCAGGCCCAGCCUUCCAGUAAGGGUUAGGUGUUGGGAUUUUUCCAGAUGUCUUGAACACAAGUGCUGCAACUGCUUAUGGCCACAUACCUGGCCAUAUUCCACUGGAAAAAAAAAACCACCUUUUAGUAUUAACAGCCAAAUUCUAGUUUCUUUUUGGUGAGGAAGGAGGGGUGGAUGAGGGGUGGCUGGCUGUGGUUGAAACUGUAGAGCAAGUUGGAACCUGGAAUGAAUUUUUUCCAACUGAAAUGGAAACCUGAAAAAUAAGUUGUAAUCCACAUACUAGCAGCAGACUUAUUCUGCUAUCCCAAGGGACACAAAGUGUCUAGGUGAGGAAUGGGGAGAUGACCUGGAUGAUUUGUUGCUAUAUUUGGACUUAGAAGCAACUGAAGUUGUAUGAGCCUCUGCAUUAGGCAGUUGGCUGCUCCCCUGAGAACAGACAUCUUGGUAGUGCAGGGAGCUGGGGCUGGCCAAGCAUGUAUUCAGUUCCAGGCCAAGACUGUAUUCCACCUGGGCCCAAAGCCAAAGAUCCAGGGCUCAGGCUUGUCUCAGCCACUCCAUGUUCUUUCUCUGCAUAGGUUGUGCUGCCUCUCUGCCCAUCCUGGGCUGGGGACAUGUAUCCAGCAUUCCUGUGAACAUAUUAUCCUGUCUCCCAUAUCUUUGCAGGCAAGCAUCAUCAGUUGGACCCAGGGGAAGAGGAAUGAGUCUACUCCAGAUCCAGUCCCAGCCCCCAUAUAGUGGUUGAAAGAUCCCAUGUUCAGUCAUCUCAGGGCCAGAGCUUGACUCUUGGGGGAUUGGAGUGGGGGGUGUGUGUGCUGUAUGUGUGUGAUGAGAAGACACUUUUGAUAUGUGUCUAUAUAAAACUGAUAGCUGCAGCUAUCUGGUUAUCCUCUCCUCAUCUCUCCUGGGCACAAUGAGCAUCUUGUUAGAAGCUGAGAUGGUUUAGUUUUCAUAGGGCACUCAGCCUACUCCCUAUUCUACUAUGACUUCUGUUCUAUUUUCUGUAGUGUUUCUCUUGGGUUAACAUGCCAAUGGGAAGGAGGAAAGAGCUGUUAUAAGCAGGUGGCUGCUGCUGACUGGCUGGGAAUAAGGCUGGGCUGAUGUAGCUUAUUUCUUCAGUCACAAUCACAAAGUUGGAAGGAAUUUCAGAGUUUAAUCCAUACCUGAUUGUGGGUUACUUCUUACAGUGUCCCCAUCAAAUGGUUAUCCAGGUUUUACUUAAAGCUCUCAAGAGAGGAAGAACCUAUUACCCAACCUGAGUUAUUGCACUUCAGUUGUGGAUAGAUCUUAUUGUUGGGAAAUUUUUCCUUAUGUCCAAGUCAAAAUCUGCCUCCACAAAUUAGUUCUAGUUCUGUCUCCUGGUACCAAGCAAAAGAAAAUUAAUUUUUUUUCCACCUGCCCUCCCCUCUAAGUUUCUUCCCAGUAGUUUAGCAGCCCUCCCCAGUCUCAAAGUUUAGGUGAUGAGGAAGCAGAUACUUGUGUUUUUAAGACAGUUUAGAAGGAGAUUGACCAAAUAGCCACCUCCAGCUUUGCUUUUCAUUAAAAAAAAUAAUUAAUGCCUUCAAAAAAUACCAAUUCCUUUCCACUUCCUCAUUUCUAUGACAGAGAACUAAACAUCUCAGAAAAUCAGUUAGUAAUUCAAUUUCAAGAAGUCCUUGAAGUCUAUUCUCUAUCUGAAGUGUGGGUCCCUCUACUUGCUUGGAUACUUCAAUAUUAUUAGAAUGUAAGCUCAUUGAGGCCAGGGACUACUUUUCUUUUUGUUGUUGUAACUCCAGGACUUAGCUCAUAGUAGGUACAAAAUAAAUGAUUGUUGGAUUAGAUACUAAAGAAAAUUCAUUAUUUCAUUGCUAUGGGCUUUCUACCUAUGCAUAAUUUAAUUCCUCCAUCUUAGUGGUCUGUUUCAUGAACUGUGGUUAUCAACAAAUUCAUCACCUGAUGGUCAACCCUACAGUGAAUAAAUGAUGAACUUCAACUUUAGCUAGACUGGUUCCUGUAUGACAAACAAGUGUCACUAGGCCUGUCCUUGAAACUUUUCUAGCUUGGCAGAACCUCCCAAGAGCUUGUGUCCUGCUGGUGGAGCCUUUGAAAACUCAGGGGCACCUUCAUGCUACAAUGAGGCAUCAAAGGUCUUCCUGCUCUGUUUUGAAGACCUCACUGAUGGUGACCUGCCAAAGAAGUCCAUUUCUUUUUUUGAAUAGCUCCAGUUGUUAGCUAUAGUACUUCCUUUAACUUGAGCUGACUACUGCCUCCCCGUAACUUUCACUUCAGUCCAGAUAGAAUAAUCCUUCUUUCUCAUGACCUUCAGGAAUUUGAAGACAGUGAUCUUCAGCCUAAACACCAAAUGGUGUUGGUGCCACAAUCCUUUAGUCUAAAGAGUCUGAAUUAAAUACGUAAUCUGUUUGACAGAAACACCCUAUGCCUGGAAUCCAGGGUUCCAGUUCUAGGACCCAGCUGGUAUCCAGUAGUCACAACCACUUUCCCUUUUACUAAGAGUCAGAGGCAUGACUAAGAGAAUGGGGAAUCAUUUAGGGAAAGAUAUUCAAAGCCAUCAACAGUGUACCAUAGUGGGAGUCUAACAACCGGGAAAAGGUGACUAAAGACAGUUUGGAGAUAGUCUUCACUCUGUGGUAGAAUUCCAGUCGGUUGCAGGUGCUUCAUUUUCCAGCUCAUUUUCCAGAAGACCAGCUUGGCCAAGGGAGGAGUGUGUUUUUGAAACUCCCUCAGCUACUUAUUGCUCAAUCCAAGAUUUUUACUUAAAAAUUGAAAAUUGGUAUGUAGGGAUGAGAUGGAGAGCCAGUGAUGCUGGGGUAAAAAGCCGGUAAGGAUUUGUUGUCAAGAGUCCAUCCUUAAACUUCUCUUCAUUCCAAGAAUGGGUUUUAAGGCGGCAGUUCUCCUUGGAAAUGCUUUUUUCCCCUUCCCCUUUUUUAGGAACUUUUGAGGGGGCUGCUGCUGUAUCCCUUCCUCCUAAUCCUAGGCAACUGAGAGGAUCAGAAGAGUUGAUGGUGCUGUGGGAAGGGGGCCUUGGUUUUCCCAUUUGUAAAAUGACUCGAUGAUUCCUAAGGUCCCUUUUAGCGUUGACAUCAAUGCAACAAGCAUUUAUUAUGGGCCUACUACGUACCAGGCGCUGGGGAUUCAUGGAAGAAAAGAAAAGCCUCUUGUACUCAAAUAGCUUGCGUACAAUUACUGAAUGCAUAUGAUGACCAGGGCCUGAGAAGGUCUAGGAAUCCGCACCGUGCCUAGCACAUAAUAAGCGCUUAAUAACGCUCGUUGACUGAUCACCCGUAUGGGGGCGGGGCUGAUGUCUUUCUCCGCCUAGAGAUGACUGAGAGUAGAAACUGUCAUGGCGGCCCUGUUGGGAAGUCUGGUUAGGCAACGUCCUGGGCAGUUCAGCCAGCGCGCGGGCGGUAGGCGGGCGACCGUUAAACGGCCAGUCAGUAGCAGUUGGUGGAAUGUUCAUGCUACUCAACACCGAAGUGUAACCGUAAAAACAGUCGGGGUGGGGGGGAGGUCAGAAUGUCCAAUCAGAGAAGCGGAAAAGGUGACAGACCUGGCCACCAGCCAAUCCUGAAGCCGUCUUGGUGGUGGUGGGGGUGCUGUCUGAAAAAGCUGUGUCUCCCCGCCUCAUAAGUCAGCGUGGAGCAAUAGGAGGCACUUGGAGAGUUCGGCUCCUUAAGAAGGCCACGCCCCCAGAACUUUCUUUUUCGUGAUUGGCCCCAACGCCGGCAUACCUGGGGCCUCUGGGACAUGCCCCAAGCCGUCAGGUCUCUUCAGGCUCGGAGGCGAGGACACACUGCCACCCUCGCGUGUGUCCUUCUAUUAUCAUCUGCUCCGCCCCUACCCACACACCCAUUCCCCACUCCCUUCACUUCCAUCCCCGCCCUCCUCGGGCACGAGGAGAUCUGGCUUUCUCAGAGCUUCGUGUCCGCCUCCUUUCCCCCCUCUCAGUCGCGGCGCUUUAGAGUGCGCGCCGGAAUAAAGUAUUCAUUCAGGGUAAAGGGCGGCUAGGCAACGGAGGCAGCGAGCUAGAACUGGCUGCGGAAGUGACGUCGAAGGGCUUCCGGGGGGGGCGCCGGCGGGGAAGUCGGCGGCAGUGGCGGUUGAGCGAGUCAGAGCGCCAGCGGCUGCAGGCGACGGUGGUUUGGAACCGCGUCUCGCUGCCCUCCCGUCCCCUCUUCCUCACAGCUGUGCUCUUGUCUGUGCGGCCGGCGCGCCUGCCUUUCCUCCGCGGCCGUCCCCGCCCCGCGUUGUCGGAGCGGCGGAGCUGAGGAGUGCAGAGCCCGGCAGGCAGUUUGCCAGCUUGGGGAAGGGGCCCCAGAGGAGGAGCCGCCGCAGCCCCGGGAACCUGGCGCGGGGAGCGAGCCGCCACCCACCUCAUUUCGUCUCUUCCCUCGCCAGACCGGGCCCAACUCUCUCCUAGAGCAGCCCUGCCCAGCUCCAUGAAUGGAAAUCGGCCCCGCAGCAGGACCCGUUGGGGCACAGCCCCUGCUCAUGGUACCCAGACGUCCUGGCUAUGGCACCAUGGGCAAACCCAUUAAGCUGCUGGCCAACUGCUUCCAAGUUGAAAUCCCAAAGAUUGAUGUCUAUCUCUAUGAAGUAGAUAUUAAACCAGACAAAUGUCCCAGGAGGGUAAACAGGGAAGUGGUUGAUUCAAUGGUUCAGCAUUUUAAGGUAACAAUAUUCGGAGACCGGAGACCAGUUUAUGAUGGGAAGAGAAGUCUUUAUACAGCCAAUCCACUUCCUGUAGCAACUACUGGGGUAGAUUUGGAUGUUACGUUGCCUGGAGAAGGUGGAAAAGAUCGUCCUUUCAAGGUGUCAAUAAAAUUUGUGUCUCGGGUGAGCUGGCAUCUGCUGCAUGAAGUUCUGACAGGACGAGCUUUACCUGAGCCUAUAGAACUAGACAAACCAAUCAGCACUAACCCUGUUCAUGCUGUUGAUGUGGUGCUACGACAUCUACCCUCCAUGAAGUAUACCCCUGUGGGCCGUUCUUUUUUUUCUGCUCCUGAAGGAUAUGAUCACCCUCUGGGAGGAGGCAGGGAAGUAUGGUUUGGAUUCCAUCAGUCUGUUCGACCUGCCAUGUGGAAAAUGAUGCUGAAUAUUGAUGUUUCUGCCACUGCCUUCUACAAAGCACAACCUGUAAUUCAGUUCAUGUGUGAAGUUCUUGACAUUCAUAAUAUUGAUGAACAACCAAGACCUCUGACUGAUUCUCAUCGGGUAAAAUUCACCAAAGAGAUAAAGGGUCUGAAGGUUGAAGUGACUCAUUGUGGAACAAUGAGGCGGAAAUAUCGUGUUUGUAAUGUAACAAGGAGACCUGCCAGUCAUCAAACCUUUCCUUUACAGUUAGAAAAUGGCCAGACUGUAGAAAGGACAGUAGCACAAUAUUUCAGAGAGAAGUACAACCUCCAGCUGAAGUAUCCUCACCUUCCCUGUCUUCAAGUAGGACAGGAGCAGAAGCAUACUUACCUGCCUCUGGAAGUCUGUAAUAUUGUGGCAGGACAACGGUGCAUUAAGAAGCUGACUGACAAUCAGACAUCCACCAUGAUCAAGGCAACCGCAAGAUCUGCUCCCGACAGACAGGAGGAAAUUAGCAGAUUGGUGAGAAGUGCAAAUUAUGAUGCUGAUCCAUUUGUUCAGGAAUUUCAGUUUAAAGUUCGGGAUGAAAUGGCCCGUGUAACAGGACGUGUACUCCCCGCUCCUAUGCUACAGUAUGGAGGACGGAAUCGAACAGUAGCAACUCCAAGCCAUGGAGUAUGGGACAUGCGAGGUAAACAGUUCCACACAGGUGUUGAGAUCAAAAUGUGGGCUAUAGCUUGUUUUGCUACUCAGAGACAGUGCCGAGAAGAAAUAUUGAAGGGUUUCACAGACCAGCUCCGUAAGAUUUCCAAGGAUGCAGGGAUGCCCAUCCAGGGCCAGCCUUGUUUCUGCAAAUACGCACAGGGUGCAGACAGUGUGGAACCCAUGUUCCGGCAUCUCAAGAACACCUACUCGGGACUACAGCUCAUCAUUGUUAUCCUGCCUGGGAAGACGCCUGUGUAUGCGGAAGUGAAGAGAGUAGGAGACACACUUUUGGGGAUGGCUACUCAGUGUGUUCAAGUGAAGAAUGUUAUAAAAACAUCUCCUCAAACCCUCUCAAACCUGUGCCUAAAGAUUAAUGUUAAACUAGGAGGAAUCAAUAAUAUCCUUGUACCUCAUCAAAGGAUUAUAUCUUGGGGUGAAGUGUCAAGACCUUCUGUGUUCCAACAACCCGUGAUCUUUUUGGGAGCAGAUGUCACUCAUCCACCUGCUGGUGAUGGGAAGAAACCUUCGAUUGCUGCUGUUGUAGGCAGUAUGGAUGCCCACCCAAGCAGAUACUGUGCCACAGUAAGAGUUCAAAGACCCCGACAGGAGAUCAUCCAGGAUUUGGCCUCCAUGGUCAGGGAACUUCUCAUCCAGUUCUAUAAGUCAACUCGAUUCAAGCCCACUCGCAUCAUCUUUUAUCGGGAUGGUGUUUCUGAGGGCCAGUUUCGGCAGGUAUUAUAUUAUGAGCUGCUUGCAAUUCGAGAAGCCUGCAUCAGCUUAGAGAAGGACUACCAGCCUGGCAUCACCUACAUUGUGGUACAGAAACGCCACCACACACGGCUGUUUUGUGCUGACAGAACCGAAAGGGUUGGAAGAAGUGGAAACAUCCCAGCUGGAACAACAGUAGAUACAGAUAUUACCCACCCCUAUGAGUUUGAUUUUUACCUCUGUAGUCAUGCUGGAAUACAGGGUACCAGCCGUCCCUCACACUAUCACGUUUUAUGGGAUGAUAACUGUUUUACUGCGGAUGAACUUCAGCUGCUGACUUACCAACUCUGCCAUACGUAUGUGCGUUGUACUAGAUCUGUUUCAAUACCUGCACCAGCGUAUUAUGCUCACCUGGUAGCAUUCAGAGCCAGAUAUCAUCUUGUGGACAAAGAACAUGACAGUGCUGAAGGAAGUCAUGUUUCAGGACAGAGCAAUGGUAGAGACCCACAAGCUCUCGCCAAGGCUGUACAGAUUCACCAAGACACCUUACGCACAAUGUACUUUGCUUAAAAAAAGGAGUCCAAGUAUACUCACUGAGGAAAAAACUGAAAAUGAAUUCACAUACAAUGUAUGUUUCCAGUGGGGUCAGUUGAAUGGGCAUGCAUGCCUCCAGCCAUAGGGAGGCCAGUCCUGUGGAGGGCCAGGGGCUGAUCCUGAAAUUGACGCACGGAACAUUGUUUACUUCAUCGAGGAACACAGCACUAUUAUGCAAUAUGAAACCAGCCAACUGCUUUUUGUGCGGUCUCCCAUAGGAAGUAUCGCAAUCCAUUUUUUUUCCUUGUAGUUAAACCCUUCUAAUGCCUUUACCUCAAGUUGCUUGGCAGCACAACUAUCUUUGCAAAAAAGAAAAGAAAUUAUGGUUUAACAGAUAUACACCCACAGGAAUAAUCAAAACGAUUGUUCAGAAGAAAUGUGCAAAAAGUUAGUGUGUAUACAUGUAAAAAGUGUCCAUGUGUGUAUUUUUAAAUAUGCACAUGCAUACUUUGCAUGUGUGUGUGUGUG